AGCCGUACAAAAUGGUUUAUUAAAAUAAUUAUUAUUUGCACAAUAAAAUAAUGAGUGUGCUGUGCGCUGAUUGUUUCCUAAAAGGCAUAUAAAUCGAAGCGGAGAGCCGCGCGAUUCUAGUUUUAGGAAGUGCGAUCUAAAAGCUGUUUGCUCAGGUGGCCAACGGCUCUGUAACUCGCUUGGUAGAUACAUUUAACACCGAGAAGGGCGGAUAUCCAGGGAUGGAGUGAGCCGAUGGUAAAAAUGUGGCUCUUGCUCCACCUGAUCCCACUUAGCUGGGCAGCCGGAAACGAAGAAAACAGUCGGAUUGUUGGCGGAGUGCCGGUCGACAUUGGAAGUGUGCCCUAUUUGGUAAACCUGCGCAUCGGAGGAAACUUCAUGUGCGGCGGAUCACUGGUUACCCCGCAACACGUGGUCACCGCUGCCCACUGCGUCAAGGGAGUGGGUGCUUCUCGCAUCCUGGUUGUGGCCGGAAUAACGAAACUAUCGGAAACAGGGGUAAGAAUCGGCGUGGACAAGGUAUACACACCGAAAGCCUACAACACCCGCACGCUCACCACGGACGUGGCCGUUUUGAAACUUAAGUCCCCCAUCAGUGGUCCCAAGGUGUCGCCCAUUGGGCUGUGCACCGUGAACUUUACGGCCGGUGAACUUAUUAAGGUUUCCGGAUGGGGACAAAUCGCCGAGCGCAACAAGGCUGUUUCGAUGCAAGUGCGCAGCGUGGAUGUGGCCCUCAUUCCGCGGAAGACCUGCAUGAGCCAAUACAAGCUGCGCGGCACCAUAACCAACACCAUGUUCUGUGCCUCGGUGCCCGGAGUCAAGGAUGCCUGCGAAGGCGACUCCGGAGGACCUGCCGUCUAUCAGGGCCAACUGUGUGGAAUAGUCUCAUGGGGAGUUGGUUGUGCCCGGAAGAAUUCUCCAGGAGUCUAUACGAAUGUCAAGACUGUAAGGGGCUUCAUUGAUAAAGCUUUGGGCAUGUGAGCCCAAACAAAAAAUGGGAUAGAAAAAUGUUAUGUUUAAGUUUCUUAAAUAGUUAACUAUUCUUAAGAGGGAAAAAUUGGAAUAAGCCAAACAAUAGAAGUUUGACUUACAUUUUUGAGAGAUA